GGGAGCCGGGAGCUGGAGCGGGGUCGGGCCGGGCGCGGAGCCGCUGCGGAGCCGGCGGGAUGCAGGCUGUCCCCAGCUGUGGUCUCAGGAUGAGGCGCUUGCUGCUAGUGUCUCUGCUGCUGGCCGUGACUCCUGGCUGGGCCGCGCCCAAGGACAGGUCUGAGGGCCCUGCUGUGGAGCCUGUUCCCAACCUUCUGCACCCCGAGCCGGAGGAGCUGCGGCUGCUGCAGCGCUACCUGCGGAGCGUCCGGCAGAUGGCACAGGAGCCCGCUCACAUGACGAGGGAGCAGGUGCUCCUCUACCUCUUCGCGCUGCACGACUACGACCGGAGUGGGCAGCUGGAUGGGCUGGAGUUCAUGCAGCUGCUGAUGGAGGUGGUAUCCCAGCACGCCCAGGGGCAGCCUUCGCCCGACACGGUGAUCGUGGUGGUCGAUGGGAUCCUGGAGACUCAGGACCUGAACGGGGAUGGGUUACUGAACCCCUCGGAGCUCCUGCUGCCCCCGGCCCAGAGCCAGCCUCCCCUGCCAGCCCAGACUGCUGCCCCCGCCGGGGAAGGGGUUGUGCAGUGGGCACCUGAGGAGCCGGAGCAACCUGCCACGGGCCUGGAGCUGCCAGGCGCCCCGGGGGCAGCAGACCCCGGCGGGGAGCUCCCAGAGGCAGCGGGGCCCGUAGCAGAGCAGCCGGGGGCUGAGAGCCGGACGGGGCCAGAGGCAGCUCAGCCUGAAGAGGAGGCUGCCGGGGAGGCUCCAGGGGCCCAGGCCGGGGCCCCCAAUGCUGAGAUCUAGGCCCCCAGCCUAGAUCCAUGGAGAGCUCAGGGCAUGGCCGGGGCAGAUCAGAGCUGGCAUGGGGGCUGCAGGUGUGUGUGUGGGGGGGGGGGGGGGAGGCUGUGCACAGGGAAACCGAGGUGGUGAUGGGGAAACAACUGCCAGGGACACCCCCCCACACACACUCUGGAUCUGGCUGAGUGGUGCUGGGGGAGGGGGCUGCCUCUCUCCCCAGCCCUGGGGAAAGCAGCUGGGCUCAGCCCCUGAGAGGAGUGUGUGAGCCACCCCUCAGGACAAGGGGCUGGGGGGAGGCAGGUACCUGACCCCUACCUGGGCUGGGGGGCCCAGGAGCCAGGCACAGCAUCCAAGCAGGGUUACCCUCGCCAGCGCUGACCUGUCCCUGCCAGAAGCUGGCUGGACCGAGGGGCUGGGGGGCACCGGGACAUGUGCAAUCAAUCAUGUAACUUACAUUUUGAAACAGAAAAAUAUACACUGAGGCCCAGGGCUGCUGGCCCCCUCGCUGGCUGCACUGCACUGCGCUGCCCCCGGAGCCGGGGGGUGGGGGGGGGGCGAGGGAAAGGAGUUUGCCCAGCUAGCAGGGCUCACCCAGCCAAGGCUGCCUCCUGCCCAUCCCGCGAAAUCGCCCCCGUGCCCUGCCCUGAGCAGGCAGCAGCUGCGUGGGCACUGGCUGCCAGGGCACAGGUACCUAGCCCAGGAAGAGUGCCCGCCCCUCAGCCCCCCGGGCCACACCCUCUCAAUCACCACCACCCUGGCAGCGGCCCCGGGUGGGAGAAGGGUGGUGCCUCCAUCAACUGUACCAGGGGUUCAACCCCUGACCCCCGCAGUGACUAGCGCGGGAGCUUUGCCCUGCCCCCAGUGCACCCCCCAGCCAGGGUCCAGCCCCCCCCACUAAGACCUGCUGCCAUGAGGUGGACAGGAGGCCAGGCCCAUGCGGCCAGCUGUGACGCUGCCCCACCCCGGGUGAGCAGGGGGCCAGGGGGCCUUCCAGGGUUCUCCUUGCCCCAUGGCCCCAGGCCAGUCCCUCUGCUCAGCCCGUGGCCACCCCCCUCUCCCCUCAGGCCAGACUGAGCCCUGCCUGCCCCGGGCGCUGGGCUGAGCUGGCAGGCGUCACGCUGAGCAGAGCCCCCGGGGAGCCAGGCCCCGGAGCACUCGGACACCCCCGCUCAGUCAGAACGGAGCCUGGGAGCCCAUCGCACUGUGGAGCCGAGGGCAGAGCAGGGGCCCCCACCUCCUUUGGCCAGCCCCACCUGCCCCCCACCCCGCCUGCCAGGGGCUCGAGGAGCCUGCUCUGCAGAGAGGCAGCUCUUGGCAGGGCCCACCGUGCAGCUCCCCCCAGCUGCGCUUCCUCUAAGGCGGGGAGCCAUGGGGAGCCCCGGCUGCGGGGUCUAGGUCCAGGUCUGCUGUGCCCAGGCGUGGCUGCGUCCCGGCUCUGGCUGCCUACCCCCUGGGCGGGUGCUUCCCCCACAGCGCACACGC